AUGUGCCGACAGGUCAGGCUGCAUUUUGAGCCGUGCGGGCAUUUUAUCAAGAUCAAGGUUGUUAGAUGUCAUAGUCGACACUGCGGCUUUGUGCCUGGGCGGGAGAAUAAUAGGGCGAUUACGGAGAGAAAGUACACUGAUAACUUUCGGAGGUAUCCGGGGUGUCCAGAUGAGAGGUGUCAGUAUUAUUGGGAUGGGUGGCAUGCUUCCAAGGGGGGGAGGGAGGAGAGUGAGGGUUAUGAGGGGGAGAGAAGGGGGGAGAGGGAACGGAGGAUGGGGAGGGAGAGGGAGAGGGAGAGGGAGAGGGAGAGGGUGUAUUAUUGACCGUGAGGGGGGUCUAUCUGUUUGGGAUCGAGGUUGGGUUUUGUUUUUGGGAGUUCUGGUUAGGGGAUAGGAAUGGUCUGAUCAUCGCAAGAGGUCAUUUGAGGGCGGGGGCUCCUGUAGACGAGUCUAGAGUUUGCAGCGUCACCUUGGGGGUAAUCUUUCAGCGUGGGAUUCAAUGGUUCAAUGAGCACUCAAUUCACUGAUUUCAUGAGGGGAUCCAACCUGAACAUUAUCACACUUCGUCCGUGCCACCGC